AUGCGUUUACUCUCACAGAAGGUGGUGCGCGAGAUGAACCGCCUGGGCAUGAUGGUGGACCUGUCGCACGCUAGCGUCGCCACCAUGAAGGACGCGCUGGAAGCGAGCCAGGCGCCCGUCAUCUUCUCGCACUCCGCCGUCUACGCGCUCUGCAACAGCUCCAGCAACGUGCCCGACGACGUACUGAGGUCCUUGGCGAUGAAUGGCGGAGUGGUGAUGCUGAGCCUGUACCCGUAUUUCAUCACCUGCAGCGCAGCCGCCAACAUCACUGACGUCAUAGCGCACAUCAACCACGUGCGUGACGUCGCUGGGGUGGACCACGUGGGCCUUGGUGCUGGUUUUGACGGCAUCAGCCACACGACGACGGGACUGGAGGACGUGUCGAGGUACCCGCAGCUGUUGGCCGCACUGCUGGAAGACCCGUCCUGGAGUGAGGAUGACGUCAAGAGGCUGGCAGGACUCAACCUGCUCAGAGUCUUCCGCCAGGUCGAGCAGGUGCGAGAUAAAUGGCGGUUGGCAGCCGUGACGCCGGGAGAGGAUUUCGUCGCCAGUGCCAACCUGGAGGGCGCGGCCGGCAACUGCACUUACGUGGGCUCCUGACCGCGGGGCACUGCGGCACUCUCCCGGCCGGCAGGCACACGCCCAUCUGACGGCCUCCUCUCUGCUCUGCUUCUCGUCGAGCUGUGGUUACGGCGUGGGUCUCUGCUAGCUCCCAAGAAGUACAAAACUUGGUGAAAGGAGACCUGCAAAAGCUGGCGAACGCAAGGGUCACCGAUGGUACUGUAGAGCGAGCUGAGACACAAGCGACGUUUGUGGAAGAAGACGAUUGUGAUACUUAAUCCUUACAAGAAAAGAGAAAGCUUUACAGGUUUUCUUCACUGCUGUGAUGCAGACAGUGCUGCUGCAGAAGAGCAGUUGGUGGAUUGUCGAUGGUGCUUCAGGACAGCUUUGGCAUUUCAUGUAAAUUUAUUGUGAUAACUCU